AUGGCAGCGAAGCGGCGCUUCGUGGUUUUCGACCUGGGCGGUGUUCUUUUCAGCCUCGGUCUGCAGGAAGCCUUCCGGCGCCUCGAGGGGUCUCUGGGCCUGCCCGGUAACUUCUUCCAAGAUGUCAUUGUGCAGGGAGGUCAGGAUGGGCCUGUGUCCAGAGCAAUGUGUGGUCACAUCGGACUGACUCAGCUUAUGGCCGAGUUAGACGAAGACUGCAAGAAGGCGGCGGCUGCCUCUGGACUCUCCCUCCCAGACAAGUUCUCCAUUGCUCAGGCCUUUGAUGAGAUGACAAAUGAAGGAUCGCUGAAUUCUCCUCUUCUGCAGGCUGCCCUGACUCUGCAAACCAAUGGUUUCAAGAUCGCUGUCCUUACAAACAACUGGAUUGAUGACAGCCCCCGGCGACAUAGUGUGGGGCUUAUAUUCUGUCUGCUGAGGAAGUACUUUGAUGCAGUGAUUGAGUCCUGUCGUAUUGGGUUGCAGAAACCGGAUCCCAAGAUCUAUGAGUACACUCUGAAGGUGCUGAAGGCAAAGCCUGAGGAGGUUAUUUUUCUGGAUGACAUUGGCGCAAACUUGAAGCCUGCUCAGGCGAUGGGAAUGGCCACCAUUCUUGUGAAAGAUGCCAACUCUGCAUUAAAGGAGCUUCAAGAUUUGACCGGAAUUCAGCUUCUUGGCCAAGAAAACUUGCCAGUUGCCUGUGAGCCAGAAAAUGUGACCCAUGGCUCUGUGACCAUCAAGCCUGGUACCCAGCUGCACUUCGUAGAGAUGGGUAAUGGCCCUGCAGUUUGCCUCUGCCAUGGCUUCCCAGAAUCCUGGUUUUCUUGGCGAUACCAGAUCCCAGCACUUGCUGAUGCCGGUUUCCGUGUCCUAGCCUUGGAAAUGAAAGGCUAUGGGGCCUCCACAGCUCCACCAGACAUAGAAGAAUAUUCCCAGGAAGAAAUAUGCAAGGAUCUGGUGGUCUUCCUGGACAAAAUGGGCAUUUCCCAGGCAGUCUUCAUUGGUCACGACUGGGGCGGGGCCACUGUGUGGAACAUGGCACUCUUUUACCCUGAACGAGUUAGGGCAGUGGCCAGUCUAAAUACACCCUUCAAGCCUGCAGAUCCUAAGGUGGAUGUAAUGGAACAGAUCAGAGCUACUCCUGUCUUCGAUUAUCAGCUGUAUUUCCAGGAACAAGGUGUGGCAGAGGCUGAACUGGAAAAGAACCUGAGAAGGACUUUCUCGAUCAUGAUCCGGUCGAGCAAGAAAGAGGAUAAGCUACCUGGAGUUUCACUUAAUGUCAGCAAAGUACGAGAACGAGGAGGACUGCUGGUGGGACUUCCUGAAGAUCCGCCCCCAAGUUCCCUUUUGCCAAAACCUGUACUCCAGUACUACAUCCAGCAGUAUCAGAAGUCUGGAUUCAGAGGUCCGCUGAACUGGUACCGGAACAUGCCGGCAAACUGGAGGUGGAACGCCUCUGCACAAGGCAGAAAGAUCAGAGUGCCGGCUUUGAUGGUCACCGCUGGGAAAGACUACGUUCUGCAUCCAAAAAUGAGCAAGCGCAUGGAGGAAUGGAUUCCUCAGCUGACCCGUGGCCACAUUGAGGAGUGUGGACACUUCACACAGAUGGAGAAGCCUGCAGCUCUGAACAAAAUCCUCAUUGAAUGGCUGAAGGAGGUUCACAAGAGUACUUCUCUGCAAUCAGCUGCCAAGCUCUAAGCGAGUUUCUCAGUACCCAUCCUGCCUGAAUGCUCACUGGCUGACUCUGGGGA